AUGACGGUGGAUUACGAAACCCCAGAUCCAACGCCAGAUCACCUCAAUCAGAACACACAAAAUGGUAUCCUGGCUCCUCAACAACCUGCUGUUCCUCCAUUCUCUCUACUACCAAAGAGUGCUGGGUCAAAAGAUCAUAUCCUAAUAGCUAGUCGAUUAUGCGGAACUACCGAAGAUGAUGUUGAGGAUGUUUAUCCUUGCACAGUCGUGCAAGAAGCUCUAGUAGCGCUCUCUGUCAAGAACCCACGCACAUACGUCGCUCGGUAUGUGUAUCGCCUGAAAGAUGGCAUCACUUUCGAUAAGUUCCAUGCUGCAUGGGAUUCUACUGUAAGAGCGCAUACGAUUCUCCGUACGAGAGUCGUGCAGCUUGGCUCUCAGGGUGCGAUACAAGUAGUUCUGCGUCAGGGAAUUGAUUGUCAAAGAAGUAGCGAUCUCCAGCAGUAUCUCGUCGAUGACUGCGCAAAAGAGACACCGCUAGGAGCACCGUUGGCACGGGCUGGCUUCAUCCAGGGCGAGAAAUCUACAAGCCCAGCCUAUUUUGUCAUCACUUUGCACCACGCCUUGUAUGACGACUGGUCGCUGGCUCUGAUUCUUAAGCAUAUUGAAGCUGCAUAUGCGGAGCAACGAGUACCAGAUCAGUUCUUCUCCAGGUUUAGCUCCUACUGCAUGGAUGCUUCCAACGAGACAGCCGCCCAGUUCUGGCGCAAUGAGUUCUCGCGUAUGAAUCCAACUUCAUUCCCAUCUCUGCCAGCCGAGUCGUAUACGCCGGCAGCGACUAGGUCUCUCAUCCAGACGACCGGGUUUGACGAAUUCAUGAGCUUUGACGGUCUAUCGACGACUGUCACCAUGGCCUGGGCAAUUCUCAUCUCCCGUCAUACGGCGUCCGAAGAGGUGGUAUUCGGGCUGACGGACACUGGCCGACGCGCUACAAUGCCCGGUGUGGAAUUGAUGAGCGGCCCGACGAUCGCCACGUUCCCCUUCCAGGCCCUCGUGGUCGAUAGCCAACCAGUUGCCGACUGCUGGAACCAACUCCAUGCCCGUCGAGCGGAAAUGGUUCCGCAUGAGCAAUUCGGUCUCAGUCAGAUGCGCAUGCUAUCCCCAGAAGCCGCUGCGGCCUGUAAGUUUCAGAGUCUGAUUGUCUUGCAACCGAGACGACGGGAUGAUUACUCGCUCUUCGCCGAAGUCACGCACGACCAGAAUCUAGAGAAUCAUGCCACGUUCGGAACAUACCCGAUCACUCUCGUUGUAGAGCCGGCAGGGUAUUCAGUCAGCGUGCAGGCUGUAUAUGAUCACAAUAUCGUGCCCGAUGCUCAGAUGAAACGGCUGCUUCAGCAGCAUUCCCAUAUCAUGAAAUGGGUCAAUCGCAGAGAUAAUACGCGCAUCGGUGAUAUUGAGGGCUUAUGUCCGGAGGAUCAAGCCCAGUUGCAGAUGUGGAAUAGUCAAAGAGCGCCUGAAAAUAUCCAACGAUGUGUUCACGACUUAAUUUCGGGGUUGUCGCGAUCUCAGCAAGAUGCUACUGCUGUCUGUUCCUGGGAUGGCGAGCUGUCCUACGGCGAGCUCGAAGUCCUGUCAAAUGGCUUCGCUGCGCAACUGUUGGAAGAGGGUGGUAUAAAGCCGGACAUGAUUAUUCCACUGUAUUUUGAGAAGUGUAAAUGGACCCCGGUGGCUAUUCUAGGUGUCAUCAAAGCUGGCGCUGCAUUUGCCUUGUUGGAUCCUGGCACGCCGCUGGCGCGAUUACAGACGAUCUGCGAGAGCACUAGAGCAUCAUUUGUCGUCUGCCCUCCAGAGUUGGUAUCCCGAGCAAGGGAGCUGACAGGCAAGGUUAGUGUGCUUAACACUGAUGACAAUAGCCUUGCAACUCUGGCUCCCAGCUACACUGGGCCAGCCCAAAGGAGUUGUCAUCGAGCAUGGGGCAUUCUGCUCGAGUGCGCUGCUUACAUUAAAACCGCCGAGAUGAAUAAGGAAACUAGAGCCCUGCAAUUCGCAUCAUACUCAUUCGAUGUGAGCGUCACCGAUCAUCUAGCGACCCUGCUCGCUGGGGGCACAAUUUGUAUCCCCUCGGCCGAAGAUCGGAUGAAUGACAUUGCCAGUGUCAUUAACAAAUUCCAGAUUAACUAUGCAGACUUUACCCCAUCCUUCCUUCGUUCUCUCCGUCCUGAAGAUAUGCCGACUUUGAAGACAAUUGUUGUAGGAGGGGAGGCAUUAUCGCGAGCAGUGAUAGACAUCUGGGGAAACCAUGUCCGGUUACUCAAUAUCUAUGGACCGGCUGAAUGUUGUGUUCUUACUACCAUCCAGCCUCACAUCGCCCUGGACUCAGACCCGUUGAAUAUCGGAUUCGGCACUGGGGCUGUAUGCUGGGUCGCCGAUAGCAACGACCACAACCGUCUGGUACCUAUUGGUGCCGUUGGCGAGCUGUUAGUCGGAGGACCAAUCGUAGGACGGGGAUAUCUGAAUGAUCGCCAGAAGACAGAGGCUGUUUUCGUUGAGAACCCGGAAUUCCUGCGCGGGUUUUCACCCUCGUCACCACAAAAUCGCGUGUACAAAACAGGCGACUUGGUGCAAUACGCACCAGAUGGAUCGCUUCGAUUCCUAGGCCGAAAGGAUAUGCAAGUGAAGUUGCGUGGCCAGAGAAUUGAACUCGGAGAAAUUGAAUACUGCUUGAAUCAAUGCUUUGACAUCCCCGGUUUGGUGGUGGACGUGGUGAAAUUCAACAGUAACACAGCCGUUCUUGUUGCCUUCAUCCUUCGAGAGUCUGUCGGGACGACAGAUCCAAAUGAGCUUUUCCAUAUCCCUGACGACGUGUUCCGGUCCAGUGUUGCUCAGGCAGAGGCACAUCUCCGUACUCAGUUGCCGGGGUAUAUGGUCCCAAGUUUGUUUGUGCAGCUAGCCCAAAUGCCCACGACCGCGUCCGGGAAAAUAGACCGAAAACGAUUGAAAGAGUACACGGCUUCUCUAUCUCUGGAUGAUCUGCAGAAAUAUACGGCCGCAAAGCAUGACAAGAAGCCCCCAUCAACCGAGCACGAGAAAGUCAUCCAUGGAUUUGUGACUCGCUUACUUGGUCUGAAACCCGAGGCAGUCGGCGUGGAAGACACUAUAUUUAGUUUAGGAGGAGAUUCAAUCACCGCGAUGAGACUUGCUGGAUUGGCGAUGGAGCAGGGUUGGGUGAUGACCGUCGCGGAUAUCUUUGCGUCUCCAAAGCUUUGUGAUAUGGCAUUGAAGAUGCGAAGGUCCCAGCAGACGGACAAGCAAUAUCCGCCUCUUUCCCUUAUUCAAAACCUGGAGCUGGGAAAUAGUGAUAGCAUUAAGCAGGAGGCCAUAGGCCAGUGCCAUGUCUCCGGUGACGAUAUUGAGGACAUCUAUCCCUGCACCGCUUUGCAGGAAGGAAUGAUGUUUCUGUCCCUCGCUAAUCCCGGUACUUAUAUAUGCCACUUUCUCUAUACAAUUCCGCCUGAGAUGACAGAUGAGCAACUGCAACAGGCCUGGAGACAGACAACUAAAGCCAACACUAUUCUGCGGACCCGUUUCUUCCAGGCUGGCUCUCGGUUAUACCAGGCAGUCAUUCGCGACGAUCAUGUGACAUGGGACAAGCCGGACGACUUGGAGGAGUAUAUCGCCGAAGAUAUUCAGCGCCAGGUCGAUAUGGGCGAACAGCUCGUCCGUGUUGCGACUACCACGACUUCCGACCAAACUCGCGUGUGGGUUCUGACAUUGCACCAUUCUCUCUGCGAUGGAUGGACCGUCCGGCAGCUCUUGGAGCAGACAACAGCUGCAUACAGAGGGCAGACCCUCCACGAGCGACGUUUUAGCUCGUUCAUCGAGUAUGUUCUCGACAGGGGCAACGACGAAACACAACAGUAUUGGCAAACCGAAUUCGCCAACCUCGACCCCCGUGCUGCCAGUUUCCCGCCCCUUCCCUCAACACAUUACGCUCCCCAGGCAGAAGAAUCGCUAACAUACCCUAUCCUGAAUCUCACCGACAAGGGCACCGAACAUACGUUAACGCCGUUGAUCCGUCUCGCCAUGGCGAUGGUGCUGUCACGAUAUAGUGGAUCCACUGAUGUUGUCGUUGGACUCACGACAUCAGGGCGUAGCGCUUCCCUACCUGGGAUCAACACAGUCACUGGUCCAACCUUAGGCACAUAUCCCAUGCGAAUUCAACUGCGUUCAUCUGAAACAGUCGAAAACGUCAUGUCAGAGAUUCAAGCAAACUCCAUUCGCGUACUUCCGUUUGAGCAUUUUGGUCUUCAAAACAUCCGCAACGUAAGCCCGGAUGCCGCUCGGGCCUGUCAGUUCCAGACAUACUUGAAUGUCUGGCCAACCGUUGAAUCCGAGGCUCCAGAGCCUUUCACUCUAUACCAGGAUGGCUAUUCCGGUCAUGCUGCGUUUGGUGGCUUUGCCCUCGCCAUGAGUUGCAUGCUGGAGCCACGGAAUGAUGGGUUUACCGUGCUAGCCAACUACGACCCACAAACCAUCACGCACGACGAGCUCACCACGUUCUUCUCUGAGUUCGAGCAGGUGGUUCGUCAGAUCUGGUCGGAUCCAUCUCUUACCAUUGGUCAAAUCCUAGUAGGAAAUUCACAAACGGGCAUCAAAGAACCGCUGGUCGUGGGUUCAGGGCUGCCUGGUGAUGGUGACGCCUCUGCAGAGGUUGAAAACUCUGGCGACAUCAGCCAGGCUCCAGUGAAUGAAACUGCGAAUAUUGUUUGUGAAGCGGUUGCCAACGUUCUAAAUGUAAGCAUCGACAGCCUCAAGAUGCGCGAUAAUUUCUUCCGAAUCGGCGGUGAUUCCAUCGCAGCUAUGCAGGUCUCCGCGAAGUGUCGUUCGCGAGGUCUUCUUCUCACUGUGGCCGAUAUUUUCCAGAAGAAAACUAUCGCAAAGAUUGUAGAAAAAGCUAUAUUGGCCCAAGGCAAGGAUGGUGUUUUGCACAACGAAGCAAAGAUUGAUACAUCUGCCGCCUGGGACGCGUUAGUCAGUGGCAAACUCCCAGCUCUGGGCGUUGUGAAUGCAGAGGAGAUCGAAGAGAUUGUCCCCUGUACGCCACUACAGCAGGUAAUGUGGUUGACUGGUUCGAGGGAGAACGGUUACUACCAACCACACACGGUAUGGGAGCUGAUCGCAGAGGAUACAUCGAGGCUUGUGGACACAGACAGACUUCGAGAGGCGUGGAUGUUGUUCGUCAGGCGCCAUUCAACAUACCGAUCGCUUCUGGUGACUGUUCAACAGUGUGCGUAUCAGGUCAUGCUAAAGGAACCAUUCAGCGACAAUAUCUCAACCGUCCGAUGCACCGCCGCGGAUCUUCAAACUGCAAUUGCGAAACAGAAAGAUACCCCCUUGUCUAAUCCGCAUGUGCCGUAUCGACUGACCAUCUUCGAGACCGAUGCGGACAGGGCAUUCUUGAUGAUGGAGCAGCAUCACGCACUAGACGAUGCUGUUUCUUCUUCCAUCUUCGUGGACGAGUGGUCACAGAUGUAUGGAGGAAAUACGCCGGAUGGCACACCGGUUCCGUUUAGCAAAUAUAUUGCCAGCCUCCAUUCGUCCUCUACAGUAUCCGACAAGACGUUCUGGACAGAGUACCUGAAGGAUAUAUCCCCAUGCCUUCUGUCCUCGCACGAUAGCCCCAUCCAUCGCGGCAACCUUCACUCCACCAACAUCCAGCUCGACCACAUGCAAAAUAUCACUCAAUUCUGCACCGCACACGACAUCACCAUAGCAAUCUUCUUCAAAUCUCUCUGGGCCGCACUCCUGCAGCGCCUAACCAAUCUAACAGAUAUAUCCUUCGGUUAUCUCGUGUCCACACGAAGUGCACCAGGCGUCGAAGCCACCGGGUCUACUGGGUUCUACCUAAAUAUGCUCAUCCAGCGACUGAACAUCGACGAGACUACCAAGAUGACAAAGGUCCUCGACAUCAUCCAGGAAGACCACGGCCGGGCUCUCACUCACCAAUCCCAAUGGCUAGAAGCACUAAACGCACCUAGACCAAGCCGAGUUUUCAGCACUCUCGUCAACCACCGCAGACAUGCUAUCGAUACUAAGGAAACUAGGCCGCUGCGGUUCGAACCUGUGGAGUGGUCUGAUGGGAUGGACUUCGAUAUUGUGUUUGAGAUUGACGAAUCUGAGGACAAUUUACAAGCCACCUUGACGUAUUGGGAUGGCAGAGUACAGGAGGAAAUGGUUGCGAGGGCUAGUAAGACGUUUACUGGACUCCUUUCCGCGGUGAUGGAGAAUCCCGGGCAGGUACUUGGGGAUCUAUUGUAA